AUGAUUGGUGCCGACGGCUGGGGUGAUUUCUCUCAUCUGUGUGUGACCAAUGGCCUGUCUGGCGCUGCCGACGGUGAGGUUGUGAAUUUACUAAUAAUACGCCUGGACUCGGAGCUCGGGACUGGCCCGGAAGAUGCCGACAUAAAAUGGGUUUGCCUCCAUCUGCGGAGUCUGCCUCCAGGUUUCCCGCUUCACGCCCAACAACAAACACGUUCCCUUCGCGACUUUACGCCUCGUUUCUUGUUCCCCACAGUAAUAACAAUAUUUUCGCAGCCCUUUUUCACGCGUUUCGCGUCUCCCCAAUCAGAAGUGCCUCCCACUCGUUCCCCACCCUUCUCUUGCCAGUUCACUACUCUCGGCACUCUCCCUUUAGACAUUGAAAUGACCACCGUGUGCCUUCCUCUUCGGAUUCGCAUCCCCCCUGCCAGUAAUGCCAAUAAUCUGCCGAAUUACACGUCACAAGAGUUGGCUCGAGAACAAAGACUCAAGAAUGACCCUCUUGCCUACAUCGUAGAACCCUCUGUGGCUCUCGUAUCCAAGCUCUCUGAAAAGAGCACAUACGACGGGCACCACUGGCAGCAUUCCCGGCUUGGUGGGAAGGAAAUGCCUACGGGAAAGAAGCUCCCACAUCCUUCACCAACACCUUCCCUCACUUCUGACGAAGAUAGCGAACGCGUUAAAGACCUGGACGCGGACUCUCCUCCUUCUCCGUCCGUGCGACCCGAACCCCAUCUCGAGCCCCUGGCCACCUGUGACGCCACCAUCGAGGAAUAUCUCCUUCGAUCUCAUGGUAUUGCAAAAGACUACAAACUCAACUAUCAAUCCUGGAGCUGGUCCCAAUUGAAACUCCCAUGCUUC